AUGGAUCAGCUUGCCAGUGGAUCCCCAGCCUUGAAGAAUGUCAUCACCUGCUAUUUCCUGGUGUCCUUGUCAGGAUUUGCCCUAGGCCGGACGCAAACCCAAGCAGAAGAACGGCUCUUCAAGUACCUUUUCACAGCCUACAACAAGUGGUCCAGGCCAGUCCCCAAUACCUCAGAUGUUGUUAUCGUCAGGUUUGGGUUAGCCAUUGCUCAGCUGAUCGAUGUGGAUGAAAAGAACCAAAUGAUGACCACCAAUGUUUGGUUGAAACAGGAGUGGAAUGACUACAAACUGCAGUGGAAUCCAGCCGAUUUUGACAACGUCACUUCAAUCCGGGUGCCAUCUGAGAUGAUCUGGAUCCCGGACAUCGUACUCUAUAACAAUGCGGAUGGGGAAUUUGCGGUGACCCACAUGACCAAGGCACAUCUCUUCUCUAACGGCAGUGUGAAGUGGGUGCCUCCAGCCAUCUACAAGAGCUCCUGCAGCAUCGACGUCACCUUCUUCCCCUUUGACCAGCAGAACUGCAAAAUGAAGUUUGGGUCAUGGACCUACGACAAGGCCAAGAUUGACCUGGAGAGCAUGGAGCGCCACGUGGAUCUGAAAGACUACUGGGAAAGCGGGGAGUGGGCCAUUAUCAAUGCCGUGGGCACCUACAACACCAAGAAAUAUGAUUGCUGUACUGAGAUCUAUCCCGACAUCACGUAUAGUUUCAUUAUCCGCCGGCUGCCACUGUUCUAUACCAUCAACCUCAUCAUCCCCUGCCUUCUCAUUUCCUGCUUGACCGUGCUGGUUUUUUACCUGCCCUCUGACUGCGGGGAGAAGAUCACCCUCUGCAUCUCCGUCCUGUUAUCCCUUACCGUCUUCCUCCUCCUCAUCACCGAGAUCAUUCCGUCCACCUCGCUGGUCAUCCCGUUGAUAGGCGAGUAUCUGCUCUUCACCAUGAUCUUUGUCACCCUCUCCAUCGUCAUCACGGUCUUUGUCCUCAACGUCCACCACCGCUCGCCCAGCACCCACAAGAUGCCACGGUGGGUCCGUACCGUCUUCCUGGAUUUCAUCCCCCGCUGGCUUUUCAUGAGACGGCCACCGGUGCUUGCCCCGGCGGUGAGGGUGGCCAGCGAGGAGGUGAUUGGGCAGUACGACACGCCUCCUGCCAAUCUCAGCACAUCCCGGUGUUGGCUGGAGACCGAUGUUGACGAUAAGUGGGACGAUGAAGAGGACAGCAACGAGGAGGGGAUGCCUGCUGGCCGGCUGCCCCUCCAAGGCUCUUGUCACCACCAUUGCCUCCAUUACCGCUACACCUGUGCCCGUCACCUGGGAAGGGGGUUUGUGGAAGUGGUGCAGCGCCCGUCCACCAAAACAGAGAGUCUGCCGUCAUCUGACCAUGGGUUGCAGCUCUCGCCAAGUAUCCUGAAGGCCCUGGAAGGGGUGCACUACAUUGCCAACCACCUGCGGGCUGAGGACGCAGACUUUUCGGUGAAGGAAGACUGGAAGUAUGUUGCGAUGGUGAUAGACCGCAUCUUCCUCUGGAUGUUCAUCAUCGUCUGCUUGCUGGGGACCAUUGGACUUUUCCUCCCACCAUUCCUGGCCGGCAUGAUCUAG